AUGACGACGACUGCCCUCUGCGCUCAGGACUUGAUGGUAGAGAGGAAGAUUUGGCGACACGAAAAAGCUUGGGAGCACGAGAUGGCGGAUUUCGAAGCCAAACCAAAAGGGAACACCCCGUGGAUUUGGGAUUGCAUCGUGCCUGGCAAGCCGGGGACGAUAUUUGCAGACGGGCGAUUUCCGGUGGUGCUUGACUUUCGAAAGUCUUCCCACAUUGGUCUGCCUACAGCGUACGUUCCGGAGGAGUUUGGCAGCGACCUUGAAAUACGUGAAAAGCACUUAAAUAACCAACAAUUUGAUGGCGUACCGAUUAGCUGUGAUAAUAUAGUGUGGGGUCUCUACGCACUUGCAUUGAGAUGCUAUGUACCGCCGAAGGAAUCGAAUACAUCGAUUAAAACAAUUUUACUCAAAGUUCAGGAAUCUAAGUUUACCAGCUUUGAUGAGACCUAUGACGACAAAUGUUAUGGAAAGGAAGAAUGGACGCGUAUUAUAGCCAAGUACAUUCCUAACGUGGAUGAAAAACGAGGAGGAGGGAGUCCGAAUGCAGUCCUACCCACCACGGCGAAUUCAGCGGUUUCAAACAAGAGAACGAGGAAGGAGAAUCAUCGGAGUGCAACGACGAUCAGGAGAGAAGUGCCAAAAGAGUUGUGGGAAGAACAGGCUUUUAACUGGGACGAUUAUUGCGUGUUGACCUCUCGCGCAGACGACAUUGAGAAAAUAAUGAGAGAGUAUCCCAAUUUGAGAACGCCUUGUCUUUGUCUAGAUUGGGACCAAGUUGAAAGAAACAUCGGAGCGAUGUUAAGGCUGGUCAAAUGUGUUGAAAAUUGGCGACCGCACGUGAAAACAACAAAAAUGACGCUCGUUUGGAACCUUUUGCUAGAGAAAGGCGUCUUUAAAUUUAAAUGCUCGACGAUCAAAGAGCUGCACUAUUUACUUGCUACCAUCGAACAUCACGAAGUAGCGAAACAAAAGAAGGAAACGACGACGAAAAGAAGGAAGAAGACAACAGCUUCAACGAAGCAGAAGGACGCAUUAAAGUACGAUGUUUUAUACGCGCAUCCGCUCGUUUCAAAAGAGCAGUGUGAAGACGUAAGAACACUCGCGAUGGAAUAUCGCAUGGUGAAAAUUAACGUCUUGAUUGAAGCGGCACCUAGAUUAGAAGAUACCACAUUGUUAAAGCUCUUUCGUGAUAACUGCUUAGUUGAUUGGACGUCGAUGCAAGACGAUACCAUGUUACCAAAUGUUGGAUUUUUUCUCGAUUUCAGCAACGGAUUCGACCGAACUGGAUUCAGUUUACUGGAUCCUUCUGAGGUGGACAAGACGUUCUUUGAAGAGCUCAUGUCUCACGCUUGGAGUCGAAGUCGCUUUUCAGGACUUUCUGUUUAUGAAGGUCACAUCGAUGAUUGCGUUGGAUACGACAAAGACAAGUUGAAAGCAAGAGAAAUGAAAUGGAACAUCGAUGACGAAGCAAUCGUAAAUUUUCUUAAAUUUCAUAAAGAGCAACAGUCGUCAAAGGUUGGUAAGAUGGUGAAGGCAAAUAAAACAGCGCAACCGAUUGAAAUUGUCACCUCUGGUACUCCUACAUUUAUUCACGCCCUGGACAAAUAUUUGAACAUGAAAACCGGCAAAAUGGAUCGUCACGAAGGAACGUUUUACGGAAGAAAAAUUCUGAGAACUGUAUCCCCUGGCACUGUAGUGUUCUUUGAUCACCGUUCACACACGCAAAUAUGCCAACAAAUGCGCGAUAACAAUAUAUAUUUGCGACCAGCACUGUAUGUUGCCGCCACGGUUGUAUCAAAACCUGGAAAGAAAAACGAUCGAAUGUUUACAUGCAACGCGGGAUCAAAGUCGAUUGCCGCCGAAGCAGGCUCUCCCAUAGCAAUUAAGAACACCUCACGUUCGAGGUCGUUAGGAAUUUUAUCGAAGAUGGUGGGGCACCACCGCCGGUUGAAAAAGGUGAAACCAUUUUCAUGGUCCCUCGUCACGUGUGCCCAACUGUCAAUCUCCAUGAGUGCAUCAAUCUACUUUCUUAUGAUGAUGAUGCACGAAAUAAAAACUUUAUUCAUCGAGCAAAAAUAG